UAACAGAACUCGCAAAAAUGUCAAAAAAUAAGUGGACGAUGAAGUGAUUAUAGUGUCUUUUUUUUCUAAUACCUGGGCGACAGUCCAAACGUAAUAUGAAAUCAUGAAUAUUUCAAAGCAAUACGGAUUUAAAAUUUCUCUAAACCAAAAUAACCUCCCGCAUUGUAAACGCGAAUUAAUAACUUAGGUUAUGUAGUGUAAUAACAAAUAAAUGUAUACUUUUCGUUUAAACUUGAAGAGAAUAUCCAUCUGGAUACUACUCUUAACCCAGAUACUUCUAAUACUAUCGUAUUUUUUCUUACAAGUCGCACCUACUGAACCUAAAUCGGAUAUUAAAAUAUCAUUUUUGAAGAGCAAUGACGAUGUGAAAGAUGCAACUGCAACAUAUCAUACGUUAAACACCAAUAUAAUAUUAAAAUCAGUAAGCACUAAACACAGUUAUAUUGACUUUAAUUCAAGUUUGUGUUUCAAGUCUGGUACAGACUUAAUAUCAAUGAAAAUUUCCAAAGAAAUCAAUUGGAAAUGCAAAUGCUUACCAGGGUGGCACGGUAACGAUUGUGGGCAACCAGAAGUAUUAUGGAGAGCCAUGAUAGCUAGCAGAAAACCUAUUAAGAUUAAAGGGCCAAGAACCUUUGAAAGACGACUGAUCUAUUUCUUUGAAGUCGACAGGUAUUCAGAAUACGUAGCCGAUAUAAGGAUAAAUGAAUUAGGUGAUAUCGUUGACUUAUUUAUACUUUACGAAGACCGAGGAUCAAACUAUUUGCAAAGCAAGUUGAAUAAUAAAUUCUACAAAGAAUACCAGGACAAAAUUUUAUACAUCCAAGACAAAAGGGAACAUUUAUGGAAGAAAGUAAAGACACGAUUGAAAAACUUGAGAAACGACGACAUAAUCCUAUCAAGUAAUUUAAACGAAAUACCAAAUCGAGACGCCCUGACUUUCCUCAAAUUUUACGAUCAAUGGCCUCAACCCAUAAAGUUCCGCUUUCGCUGGUCGGUGUUUGGAUUCUUUUGGAUGCAUCCAAGUCGGACGAUUAUAAGUGGUGGGGCGUGUACCGUCUCUUUUUUAAAAGAAAUGUUUAAUAAUAAGUUGAGCCUACUGACCGACAACAAAACAUUGUCAAGCCAAGUAUACAAAGGUAUAAUACUAGGUGACUUGAACCAUUACGGGGGAUGGUUUUGUGAGUACUGCAACGAUCCUGCACAAGUUGUUGAGUUUCUGGCCAGCAAGCCAAAAAAUGUGAUAAACUGGGAUAGAAUAGAUAAGCAGAAGAUAGAUAAUAGUUAUAUAGAAGACUUAAUUGAGAACGGUGUAUAUAUAGACGGAAAGACACAACUUAUAAAAGCACGUAAAUAUCGGGAUAGUUAUUUUGCACCACGUUUUGUAAAUGAACAUAAUUGGAGAUAUGAUUUCUUACUUACUAAUUUUUAUUCAAAAUUAGAUUAUUACGAAGGAUAAUAGUUUCAUUUGCAAAGUAUGCAAGGUUGUAAAAUUGUAAUAAACUGUAAACUCCAUGUUACUUUAUAAUUCACUAUUUAUAAGAUGUUAGUUUUUUAUACAAAAUAGUUUGAUUUAUAUUGUGUUGACAAAGUAUUAAAUAAA